AUGUGGUUUUGGGUUCUGUGGUGGAGUUUUUUUCAUCCUUUUUUUUUUUUUUAAUCCAAAUUUUUUUUUUUACUUUUUAUUUCCAUCCCUGGGAGAGGCCCUGCAGAAUUCCAGACUGGCAGCGAAUCCUGAGGAAACCGGAGUGGGACAAAGGCUCAGGAGCCCGGCACAAGUUGGUGCAAGCAAAGAAAACCAGGAAAAAAUUCCUUUUGCCAAGGUUUCCUAAGGAUCCAGCCUGACUUUCUGUGUUUCUCUUGGAUCCCAGCACGGAAGCUGCAGCCUGGCUGGAGAGCUGCAGCAGCAGCAGCGGAGGAACAGCAAGGGAAGGAAAAUCCAGGGAUUCUGAGGGACCAGGUGAGGAGGAUGAGCGCCGUGAUCCUGCUGCUCCUGCUUUCCGCCGGGAAUGCCGCAUCCCAGCCGGAGAAGGCGCUGCCCCGGCGGCGCCUGGCGUGCGUGAGGUGCUGCGGGCCCUCGGAGCAGCCCGUGUCCAUCUUCUCCCAAAGGUCCGCCAGGAUGAGUGGCCAGCCCGAAUAUUCCCUGCCCAAAAUCCAGCCCACCAUCGACAUCACCAUCCUCAAAGGCGAGAAGGGCGAGAUGGGCGAGAGGGGAUUCCCUGGAGCAGCCGGGAAGGCGGGAGAGCGGGGAUCCCGCGGGCUGAGCGGCCGCAAGGGCCAGAAGGGCCAGCCCGGCCCCCAGGGCCACUCCUGCAAGCAGCUCUUCGCCGCCUUCUCCGUGGGCCGCCGCAAGCCCCUGCACAGCUCCGACUACUUCCAGCACGUCACCUUCGACACGGAAUUCGUCAACCUCUACCAGCACUUCAACAUGUUCUCCGGGAAGUUCUUCUGCUACGUCCCCGGGAUUUACUACUUCAGCCUCAACGUGCACACCUGGAAUUUCAAGGAGACCUACGUGCACCUGAUGAGGAACGAGCAGGCCGUGGCCAUCCUGUACGCCCAGCCCAGCGACAGGAGCAUCAUGCAGAGCCAGAGCCUGAUGCUGGAUCUGCAGGAAGGGGAUGAGGUUUGGGUCAGGAUGUUCAAGAGGGAGAGGGAAAAUGCCAUUUACAGCGAGGAGUCGGAUGUGUACAUCAUCUUCAACGGGCACCUGAUCAAACCCGCCCUGGAGUAG